GUUGACAGAAUCAAGGUCCAUCUCUCAUUUUUCAGAUUCCAAAAUCAAAAAGGAUCUUGUUUUUCACUGACUUCUGUUGUUCCGAUUAAAUAAUUACUGUAUCAAAAUGGCCGCUGCUAAACUUCCGUCGUUGGUUAACUCGGCGUUAGCCCAGGCGCGCCCCAAGUUCAACAUUUUUUUGAAGUACGCAAAAGUAGAGCUGGCGCCACCUAAAUUGAGCGAGAUUCCUCAAAUCAAGGCAGGUAUUGGUAAGCUUCUGACCAGUGCGAAGACAGGGGCAUGGAAACAACAGACAGUCAAACAGGCUACCUUAAAUGUACUAGUAGGUGCUGAGGUGCUGUUCUGGUUCUAUAUAGGAGAAUGCAUUGGCAAGCGCCACCUUGUGGGCUAUGAUGUUUAAGUUUCUUUUAAGUGUAUUUCUGUAGAUAUGUUCAUGUUCAGUAAAAUAAAUUAUUAAAAUCAUUAUUGCUU